CCCCUUUUCAGUUCUUCCUCUUACCCCAGAAAUCUCUGUCUGUAAUCAUGAAAACCCUAAUCCACACAAACUUAAUUCCAUGGAUGAACCCUAAAAAUAUAUCUCCAACCUGCUGCUAUUCAUUCAUUUCGGUUGGGGAGAGGAGACAAUCUAAAGCCCUAGUUGUGAAAUGCAGCAGUUCAGAAAAUGGGGGUUUAAAAGAUGUGGUAUCUGGUUUAGUAGAUCAGAGAGUUGAAGAACUACUAAACAAAGAAGAGAACAAGGUAUUAUUAGAUGGGUUAACAAAAGCAAAUCAAAGAGUUGAAUUAGCAAAGAAGGAAUUAGCUGAAUUUGAUAAAAAACAAUUUGAAGAUGUUCAGAUGAAGAAUUAUGUCAAUCAACUUGAAAGCAGAACCAGUGAGAUUGAAGAAUGCCAAAGGGAAAUACUAGAAGCGAAAGCGAUGAUCCGCGAGGCUGAGCUCUCGCUGUCUGGAAAAAUUGAUGAUGCUGAUGAUGUUUUAGAAGAGAAUGACAAAAAUGUGGUGGAGGUUGAUAAGAAUACUGAGAGAUUGGAGUCUGUUAAAGCAGCAUCUAUUGCGGCCGUAAUUGGAACGAUUGCAGCAAUUCCAAUUUCUCUAUCUCAAGUGACAGGUAUUACUGAAUUGAUACUCCCUUUGGGCAUUACCUUUGUUAGCUGUGCAUUGUUCGGCGUUACAUUUCGUUACACGAUUAGAAGAGACUUGGAUGAUUCUCAUCUUAAGAGUGGCGUUUCUGCUGCUUUUGCCUGUGUUAAAGGCCUGGCUGUACUGGAGGCAGGACCACCUUUGGAAUUAGAUACGCAGAGUUUCUUGUCACAUGCUGUUGAUGGCGCAGUACAUGUAGCUGAGAAUAUGUUAAUAUUUGUUUUUGCAUCUGUUGCUCUUGAUUUCUGCUUUAAGAUGAGGUUAUUGAGUCCGUUCCCUGUGAAAAGGAAAUCAGUUUCGCAACUAAGGUGAAGAAUCCCUUGUUUGUAAACCCCAAACUUUUAUUUGGAUAUCGAUAUAUUUAAGGUGCAGUUUGAGGUUGCAGUAACUAAUGGCAAGAAAUUAAGUGCAACUAUUUGGUCAAAAGCUUGAUUUGAAGAGGAUAAGUACAUAGUUAAUUUACCAGUGUGUGAAGAACCAAAUGUAGAAUUGCUAGUCAAAAGGUCUAUUUACAAAGUCUAAUGGAGCUCUCACAAGGAUCAAGUGGUUGUCCAGCAAAGUGGACGGUUCAAAGGAUAAGAAGUUGAAAGGAGGAGCAGAAUGCCAGAACCUACUCAGCAAAAAGAAGUGCCCAUUGAAUUGCAAUGACAAUAAGGUAAUGUCUUACAUAUCUAUGUUGAUUGAAUUUUGAAUUGUUUUUCCUGACUAUGCUGAAUUUGUAUGUAAAUCAUUAUAAAAGCGAAUAAGAUUAGAAAUUGGUGAA